AUGAAUGUGUGAGGCAGGGGGAUGAUCCCUGUGGCCUUUGGUCCUCACGGCGAGUGAUUUGGGGGUGGGGGAGGGGUCCCGCCCUGGGGAAAGCGAGACAGACGGGACACGUGAAUCCACACGGACCGUCUGGACCCCCGGCCCCUCCCGUCUGCAGCGCGGCCGCCAUCGAGCCUCCCGGUGGUGACGUCAUUUGAAAGAAGACAAUGGAAUCCUCACGACGGCCGCAUUCUCCUCGGUCACCACCGGGUGGCGGCAGAGAGCACGCCGGGAAAAACCUCCGAUCCGGAAGUCCUCCAAGGGGUCGGAGUCUGAAAGGGGAAAGCUACGAGGAGGGGACAGAGACUGGAGAGAAACGGAAUCACAGACACACAUUUUGUUUAAAUGGUCUAAACUGCCUGUUUGGUGGCAUUUAGAAGCACCACGCCUGAGUUCUGUGCCUAGAGAAACACAGCUCUCUUGAAAACAAAACAACAACAACAACAACAACAACAACAACAACAAAACUGUCCCGGAUGAGGAAGGCAUUUAAGUCAUUUCAGCCAAGCUGAACACGGAGACAGGGGGAUGACGCUGAGUGAGCAAGUAGAGGCGAGGCGCGGCCUCGUGCGGGUUUAGGUCAGCGCGCAGGGGACAGAGUGAAGGACACACAGCGCCUCGUAGCCGGAGGCCGAGGCGGGCAGCGAAGUGGCCGAGGGCAGGGCGGCUGCAGCGGGCGGCGGUGCCAAGUAGGCGGGCAGUGAUUUUCUGAGGCAGGGGGAUGACACUGAGUGAGUUUAUGAGGCAAGGGGAUGACCGCGAGUGACUGUCUGAGGCAGGGGGAUGACACUGAGUGAUUUCCUGAGGCAGGGGGUUGACCGCGAGUGACUGUGUGAGGCAGGGGGAUGACUGUGAGUGAUUUUGUCACAGUCAAAGCCCCUGCCUCGUGACAGCUUUCCCAGUGUCGUGGCAGCACCAUCGCCUGCCUGUUCUCUUCUUCAGACACUUGCCCCGCCCCGCCUGCCUGCCUGUCACCCGCCUCGCGAUGACGUCACACGACCUGCCGCAGACAGCCGCGCUGAAGAGAGGAGGAUGAUCUAGGACGCUGUCCGGGUGGACGGCCACGCCGCAAGACGCGGCCCUGCAGGAGUGACUAGCACGGUCAGGGCGGGAGCCACGAGCGCCUCUGGGAACCUCAUGGACUUCCUCGAGGAGCCCUUCCCUGACGUGGGGACCUACGAGGACUUCCACACCAUAGACUGGCUGAGGGAAAAGUCCCGGGAUACCGACAGACAUAGGAAGGUGGGCGAUCCUGUGCUGAAGAGGUCCUUGCCCAUCGUUCCACAAAGCUUCCAUCUCUUGGUUGGGAUGUGAGCCUGAGGCCGUGUGUCGCAUGUCGGUUCCACAGAGAGAAAGAACUAGUGAGAAAGCAGAGAAAAAGACUGAGAGUGACAAUGGCAGAUACCUGGGGUAGAAAUACGACCAGUGCCAGCCACAAGGGGACCCUGGAGCCAGAAACAUUCAGACUCCAUCUUGACCCAGAUACCUUGAUGGGACUGGAGUCUGGAGCUGUCAUUUUUUGGGCCUCAUUUUCUUAUCCUUGAGGAUGGAGGUGAUGACAUUGAAGAUCGGGGUCGGGGAGCAACUCGCUAUGUCGUCAUGCAUCCACUUGGCAUUCAGUACACUGGAAUGAUCACCAGCAAAAGUAAGGAGUCUAUUUGGGAGUUCAUCAAGAGCCUGCUGGACGCGUGGUCGGGAUGGGUGGUGAUGCUACUCAUUGGGCUGCUGGCAGGUACCUUGGCUGGAGUCAUCGAUCUCGCUGUGGAUUGGAUGACGGACCUCAAGGAGGGGGUCUGUCUGUCCGCAUUCUGGUACAGCCAUGAACAGUGCUGUUGGACCUCCAACGAGACCACUUUUGAGGACAGGGACAAGUGUCCCCUGUGGCAGAAGUGGUCAGAGCUUCUUCUGAGCCAGUCAGAGGGCGCCAGCGCUUACAUUCUGAAUUACUUAAUGUACAUUCUAUGGGCGUUGCUGUUUGCAUUUCUGGCUGUCUCCCUGGUACGUGUGUUCGCACCGUAUGCCUGUGGCUCUGGCAUACCCGAGAUAAAGACUAUUUUGAGUGGCUUUAUCAUCAGGGGAUACUUGGGGAAAUGGACUCUUCUAAUCAAGACUGUCACCCUCGUGCUCGUCGUAUCCUCUGGCCUGAGCCUUGGCAAAGAGGGCCCACUGGUGCAUGUGGCAUGUUGCUGUGGCAACUUCUUCAGCAGCCUUUUCUCCAAGUAUAGCAAGAAUGAAGGCAAGAGGCGUGAGGUGCUUUCAGCUGCAGCUGCUGCUGGUGUCUCUGUGGCCUUUGGUGCUCCGAUAGGAGGUGUGCUCUUCAGUCUAGAGGAGGUCAGUUACUACUUUCCCUUGAAAACCUUGUGGAGGUCAUUCUUUGCAGCCCUGGUGGCUGCCUUCACACUGCGCUCCAUCAACCCCUUUGGAAAUAGCCGCCUGGUUCUCUUUUAUGUGGAGUAUCAUACACCCUGGUACAUGGCUGAACUCUUCCCUUUCAUCCUGCUUGGAGUCUUUGGGGGUUUAUGGGGAACCCUCUUCACACGCUGCAACAUUGCUUGGUGCAGGAGGCGUAAGACCACCAGGCUGGGCAGGUACCCAGUGUUGGAGGUUAUUGCGGUGACAGCCGUCACCGCCAUCGUGGCCUACCCCAAUCCCUACACUCGCCAGAGCACCAGUGAGCUCAUCUCUGAGCUCUUCAACGAUUGUGGGGCUCUCGAGUCUUCUCAGCUCUGUGACUACAUCAACGACCCCAACAUGACUCGGCCUGUGGAUGACAUUCCGGACCGGCCGGCUGGGGUUGGAGUUUACACAGCCAUGUGGCAGCUGGCCUUGGCACUGAUCUUCAAAAUAGUCAUUACUAUAUUUACCUUUGGCAUGAAGAUUCCCUCAGGUCUCUUCAUCCCCAGUAUGGCUGUCGGAGCCAUGGCAGGCCGGAUGGUGGGAAUCGGUGUGGAGCAGCUGGCCUACCAUCACCAUGACUGGAUCAUCUUCAGGAACUGGUGCAGGCCUGGAGCGGACUGUGUCACACCAGGGCUUUAUGCGAUGGUGGGAGCUGCAGCCUGUCUAGGUGGGGUGACUAGGAUGACAGUGUCUCUAGUGGUCAUUAUGUUUGAACUGACUGGAGGUCUGGAGUAUAUUGUACCCCUGAUGGCAGCUGCUGUCACCAGCAAGUGGGUGGCUGAUGCCUUUGGGAAAGAAGGGAUUUAUGAAGCCCACAUCCAUCUGAAUGGGUACCCAUUUCUUGAUGUGAAGGAUGAGUUCACCCACCGUACGCUGGCCACUGAUGUGAUGCGGCCCCGGAGGGGAGAACCGCCAUUAUCGGUACUAACCCAGGACAGCAUGACUGUGGAGGACGUGGAGACUCUCAUCAAGGAGACAGACUACAACGGCUUUCCUGUGCUCGUCUCCAGAGACUCGGAGCGUCUCAUCGGGUUUGCCCAGAGGCGGGAGCUAAUCUUGGCUAUAAAAAAUGCCAGGCAGAGGCAAGAGGGCAUUGUGAGCAAUUCCAUCAUGUACUUCACAGAGGAGCCUCCUGAGCUGCCUGCCAACAGCCCACAUCCACUGAAGCUGAGGCGCAUUUUGAACCUGAGCCCUUUCACGGUCACAGAUCACACCCCCAUGGAGACGGUGGUGGACAUUUUCCGGAAACUGGGGCUCCGACAAUGCCUGGUGACACGGAGUGGGAGACUUCUUGGGAUCAUCACAAAAAAGGAUGUUCUGAGACACAUGGCCCAGAUGGCAAACCAGGACCCUGAAUCCAUCAUGUUUAAUUAGCAAUAAGAUGGGCAUUAUUUUGAGAAGAUCAAUAAUUAUAUCAUUUUUAAAGAAAUAACCAAGUGAUACAUUAUGAUCCUAAUGAAAAAACUUGCACUGAAGGCAGAAAAAGAAAAGAAAAGAAAAAAAGAAAAAAAAAGAAAGCCUUAUUUGAAUUUGAAACGAGGGGGAAAAGGGUGAAACUUUUUUAAAAGGCAAAAACCAUAAACUAGUAGUCAUUUUAUAGCUUUAACCUCUUAUGAGUUCAAAGCUGUGUUUCUUAAUAAAUUUAUUAACUGCUUUUGGGGUAUGUGGGAGGGUGUAAAUGACAUGAAUUAUACAAAGACAUGGAACACAGGAAACAUUGGCACAUUUACUCAAGGUUGAUAUUCGUAAUUUUGGAGUACACAUGAAGCUUUGAGUCCAAAAGACAAAGGGGUAUUCGCAUGCUACUGUUAGAUAUUGGUUCCUAAAAUUUUGCUAUGAUGUUACGGAAUCAUAUUGAAGAUAUUGCAUUCAGAGAAAAGAAAAUUAAAGUUGGAUGCAGUGAAAGCUACAAGCAGGCCCUAAUAGGUGGUCUACUCAUGGCCAUCUCAUUUCUUGCCUUUGUUCUCAAGCCUGUUGUUAUGUUUCUUUAUCAGUCUGCACCAGAUUCAGUAGUGCCCACCAUAAUGAGCAUGAAGUGAAAGACUUCUCGACAGAAGACUUCAAGACUGGACUAAAUGUUUGGACUAUGAACCAUGUAGUUCUAUGUGGACAUUUCUCUUAUAAAAGGGGACACAUUUUUACUUUGAGGGGACACUUGCGUCAUCACUGAUUUGCAAGCCCAAAGCAUCAAUUUCACUUAUUUAUAUGGUUACUUGUGCAUUUGACGUAUUGAUUAGUCCAGCACUUCCCAUGGAUUAUUGCCCGUGUGCUCCUAGAUUGCUGUAGUGUGGUUUUGUUUCUAAGUAGCAUGUGCAAUACUUAAAACCAGCUAUCCAGUGUUUCUACUUAACUUUCUUCUCAGGUCUUCCAGAUAGAGCCAUGAUGAGAGUGAGGCAUAUGAGUUCUCAGUGGGAACUCCUCCAAAUGGAUUACAAGAGAAAUAGUAAAUUGAUUCUAAAUCUGUUCCAUUCUCUUCCCUGUAGGAUAUAAAAUGUCCAGUUUUAACGCCUAAGCAUGGACUUUCAAACUAGCAAUCACAGCGCGGGACAGAGUCACAUUUUAUACAGCCAAUUGAAGCACUGGGUCUCUUUGUGUUUGAACUUAAUGGCAAUUUUAUUCUUUAAAUUCUGCACAUCUGUCUUUUCUUCAGGAAGGAAUUAGUGUUUCAGGCCCAUCGCAUGAUCUGUGUAAGAUUUGUGUCACUUGCCAUUUCACUUCAUCUUUGCCCCUCACUUUUCACUGAGUCAUCCUCCUCCUUUUCAAUCUUACUGUCAUUGGGUAUCGUUGAAUCACGUAUGUGCACUUGACUGUAUGUAAUAGAUCCUGACAGUGCACCUAAGAAACCUGGGACAUGGCCAGUCCAGGACUGUCUCUACACUAUUGCCAGGGUUCCAAAUUCUUCUGGUAUUUCAUUUUCCCUCUUCUUAUUCUCUGUCCUCUGGCUUACUGCCUCAUAGUUGUAAAAUUGUUGCCCAGAUGCCAGGUGCGAUGUCUACUUUCUGUGAGGGAAGGAGGGGGAGAGGCGAGUACGAAGAUGAAUGUGUAUAUCUUUCCCAGAGAUGCGCAGCAUACAACCAUUGGCUGGAAAUCUGUUAUAUGCCCCAUUCGCCUAGAUGUCUGUAAAUACAGGAAGGAAAAUUGUUUUAGCUAUACAUUAUAACACAUUACUUUCUGGAUGGAAUUUCGAUUCUGUGGAUAGGGAAGUGGGAUUGGUAUCUGUCAUAUUAAAUUCCAACAUCAUGUCCCUGC